AUUUUCCAGCUCAAGAUCUACAAUUUUACACAAACCUGAAAUUUUUAUUAAUAAAAAUUUCAGGUUUGUGUAAAAUUGUAGAUCUUGAGCUGGCAAAUCUAAUGCACUAAUUACAAUUGAAAUUCCAUACAACUUUUAUAGCACUUUAAAUACUUCUUUGAAUUUUAUUGAGUGCUCAUCAGAAUCAUAAGGUGGCUUUUUUAACCAUCUAUAGAAAGAUGCAUAAUGUUCGCCUCUAUCGAAUGAUGAAAACCACUGACCGAUAGCUAUUUCCGUUAAAAAGUUAUUCAAAAAACAAUCACCCUUCUUCUAUUUUGAAAUAGAUUACAGGCAUGAAUCAAAAAGCUUGAUUUCAGUUACUUGAAUGUAAUUCUUCAAGGUCGAGGAAAUGAGAAUUUGAGUAGGUCACAAGGUAUCUUGCAUUUAUGGACAAUGACAAAGAAUAAUGAGGAAUCCGCUGAUCGGAAAGUUUUUUCAAAAGUCAAGAAAUAGAAUGAAAAUAGUUUACUUCUGCUCAUAUCUAGUCACGAUACAUGACAAUUAACACGUCGGAGCAGCACACAAAUUGAAAAAGAACUUUCUAAAAUUGAAAACUAAUUCUAUAGUGUUUAAUAUUAAAAUCUUGAUGAUAGUUCGUUUUUUUUCUAUUCUCUGUCUAUUUCAAUAUAAUUUAAUUAGAAAGAGAAGCUGUACGUCAACUUAUCACAGCAGCAAUCAAAGGUCUUGAAGAAAAUGGUCGUAUUCAAACUAGUAAUAAUCUGAAUGAAAGCGGAAAAGCAGUUCAAGUAAAUAUGGAUUCAUUUGGUUCAUUAUUAGCAAACAGAUUUCCUCAAGUAUCAUCAUUAAUGCCUAUAACUCCAUUAAAUGAGAAUUCAUUCAGACCUAUAUAUCGUCUUCGAACAGCUUCACCGACACAAGGAAAAGUGCGGCCAAUAACAGAAUUUCAUAGUAAAUCAAUGGGAACAUUUCAAACAAAUCUUGAAUUAAUUAAUAAAAGUACUGAAACAACAUCAUUAGAUACGAAAACAAUUGUAUCAAAAUCAACAAAAGUAUAUGUUAAUUGUGAUAUACAAAUUUUUACAUUAUAA